AUGAGCAUGUCGAUGGACGAGCGAUCAUCGUACCACGACGACUUCAACAGCACGGAUGUAGGACUGAACGCGAGCGAUUUCCGCGCCCGCAUGUUUGAGCAGUGUCGAAUUCCAUGGGGCAAGCUGCAGAACAACAUCAACAUGAGCAACGACCAGGCGCUCGUGAGGAUCAGGGAAGGAGCGUCGAUUCUGCUCCUCAACUUUCCCAACGAGCGAGAGGUUGGCUUCGACAUGAUGGCGUGGGUGGCGGGCCCUAUCUUCAAGGGAUUCAAGAUGAUCCCCCCGGGGUUGCACUUCCUCUACUGGGAUGGGGGGCAUGGCAUGAUGGAAGGCAUCUGGUACAAGGCUGUUAAAGGCCGCGUGCUUGUCCGGCAGUGGGACAAGGAGCUGGAAGACUUCGCUCCUGGCUGCGGCAUGGACGAGGAGAGCAGACUGAGAUUCGAAGAAGGAGUGCGGAAAUUCGACUUUGACAGGGGGCUCGCGCCGUCGUCGGAUGACGACGGAUGGCGGGAUAUGACGGCCUUCGUUGACGAGCAUGUGCUUGUUUCAGCAGGAUUGUCUUUUGACCGUCAUGGGAUGACGGAACAUCUCAUUCCCGGGGAUCCGGACGAGGAGAGCAAGCGAGACGAUAGGUCCAGAGAGCUAGUUGCGCAUUUCCCAGGGCCAGCCAGGACCGUUCUCUUCACCCAACUUGAUCGGGUGCAAUUAAGUCUGGGACAAUCGAAGACGAGGCUGCUGAAUGUGGAUUGGGCAACCCUUGUGAUAGAGGAAAUCCUCUUGCAGUCACACUCGGGGAAUCAAUCCCGCCUCCUCGGAGAGUUUCAACUGUCCUACAUCACCUUCCUCCUGCUGAACUCGCUGUCGGCCUUCGAGUUCUGGAAAGAAAUGGUCUUCCACUUCUCGUCCUCCCAAGACCUCAUCCUGCGACGGCCGGGGCUCUUUCACAACUUCCUGACCUCCUUGCGCAUCCAGCUCAGCCAUGCUCCGAAAGAUUUCUUCACUGAUGAGAUGACGAGCGACAACUUUCUCAAAGCACCUCGAGGAGGCGCUGAGUGUUGCCAAGAUUCGACGUCGGAGCAUGCCACGGUCUCGUAUGGAUAA